UGACACCUGAAGGGAGUCGGUUGAGCGAAUGUCACCUUGAUGACUCAUUUGCCACCACUUCCUCAAAUCACUUUACGCAGUCGCACUCCACGUUGAGGCAGAAGCAUGCGUCUGUUCCCCCGACGUCGCAUGGCCCCCAUAAAACUGGCUGUUCUAGGGGGGGCUAUCUUCAUAUUGGCCUUGUUGGUUCUCCAGAAAGACGCGGACACCUCGUUAUCCACCGAACCCUCGAUCUGGGAACGGGUACCGCAGAAGGACAAGGUGAUGGUCCUGGUCCGAGAGGCUGCCAAAAACUUGGGCUUCCAGAUUCCUGAUCCGGGCGAGACGGGGAGGAUCGCUUGCAGCGUUGGUUUUUACAGCGAGGAUGAGCUCAAGCCUCACAUCGAGAGACCGCCUCAGAAGCCCAAUGCGGCUGGUGCAAAUGGAGAAGCCUUUGAACAAAAGAAUCUGUCUCCUGAGGAGACCAAGGAGAAGGAGGUGGGCAUGACCAAGCAUUGUUUCAAUGCGUUCGCCAGUGACCGCAUCUCGCUUAGCCGGAGCCUCGGCGACGACACUCGCCCUCCAGAGUGCUUGGCCCAGAGGUUUUCCCGCUGCCCUCCGCUGCCUGACACCAGCGUGAUCAUCGUGUUCCACAACGAAGCCUGGUCCACGCUACUCCGAACGGUCUACAGCGUCUUGCACACGUCACCUGCCAUCUUGCUCAAAGAAAUCAUCCUGGUGGACGAUGCCAGCACUGAAGAGUACCUGCAGAAGCACCUGGAGGAGUACGUCCACGUCAUGAAGAUUGUCCGUGUGCUGAGGCAGCGUGAGAGGAAGGGACUGGUGGCGGCCCGGCUGCUGGGCGCCAGCAUCGCCCAAGGCCAAGUGCUCACCUUCCUUGAUGCGCACUGUGAGUGUUUCCACGGGUGGCUGGAGCCGCUAAUGAGCCGCAUUCUGGAGGAACCAACGGCGGUGGUCAGUCCGCGCAUUGCCUCCAUCGACCUCAACACUUUCAAAUUCAGGAAGCCUGUAGCCAACCAGCAUUACCAAAACCGAGGUUCCUUCGACUGGGCCUUGACCUUUAUCUGGGAGCCCGUCCCUGCUGACAUCUACAAGUUGCGCAACAAUGACACCUAUCCAAUCAAAACACCCGCUUUUGCCGGCGGUCUCUUUUCCAUUUCAAAGAGCUACUUUGAACACAUCGGAACAUAUGAUGAACAGAUGGAGAUUUGGGGUGGUGAAAACGUGGAGAUGUCCUUCCGGGUGUGGCAGUGCGGCGGUCAGCUGGAGAUCCUUCCUUGUUCGGUGGUGGGCCACGUCUUCCGCGCCAAGAGUCCGCACACUUUCCCCAAAGGCACAGACGUCAUCGUUCGUAACCAAGUGCGCCUGGCCGAGGUCUGGAUGGACGACUACAAAAUGCUCUUCUAUCGUCGCAACAAAAGGGCCAUGUCCAUGGCCAGUGAGCACUCGUACGGGAACAUUUCCAGUCGCCUGAAACUGAGAGAGAGCUUAAACUGCAAGAACUUCUCCUGGUACCUAAACACCGUCUACCCCGAGAUGUACAUUCCUGAGAUCCAUCCAUUAAAAUAUGGAUCAAUAAGGAAUGCCGGAUCUAAAACCUGCCUGGACGUCGGUGAUACCAACCCAGAAGGGAAAUCUGUUAUCAUGUAUGAAUGUCACAACCAGGGAGGCAACCAGUACUUUGAAUACACGGCCAACAAGGAGCUGCGCCAUAACAUCCGGCACGAGUUGUGUCUUCAAGUGUCGCUUAAUCCAGAGGCGGUGAAGAUCCAGAAAUGUACCCUGAAAAAAGGGGCCUCUAAGUCGUCGUCAAACCAGGAGUGGAUCUUCACAACGGAGAACCUCCUGAAGAAUACCAUCAGUAGGAAAUGCCUUCAGGCGAAUGGAAAGGUGGUCGUGAUGGACAAGUGUAAUGCUUGGAACGACAACCAGCGCUGGAGCUUCGGCUGACAUUCUUCAAACAGCCCAACCGGACUCAUGAGGUUUUGGCACCAGACUCACAUCGAUGCACUUGGAUUGGCUGCUUUAAAAUAAUGCCGGGUUCGAAGUCGGGCUGUCAAGGCUGUUUUUUUUCACUAUGGACUUCCUUUGGUCAUUCUGUUUUCCAUUUUACAGCAUAAGAAGGAAGGAAGUGGAAUUGAGCAGACUUUUGUAAGGGCCACAAGGUGUUCAUAUUUUGGAUAUUCUAUUUUAAAUAUGUAUAAAAAAAACUUUUACAGCAUUGUCGAUCAAAAUUGCUACACAAUGUGUCAUUUUUAAUUCAGAUUGAUGAUGAAGGCCUUUAUUUGAAAAAUCAGAUAACCGUUGAAGAAGUGGUUUAACGAUAUGAUAUAAUAAUAGUUAGAAAAUAAGAUUUGUGUUCGACAAUGACAAAAAUCAUUACCUCCAAUUUCAUGAGGCAGCGAUACAUGGCGUGUCAAAAUAUUGGAUCGACAAAUGUCAGAUUCCUGUUUGCUUGCUGUUUGUCUCGUUGACCUAUUACUAAACUCCAACUGUCAAAGGACCGGCACUCCGCUAAAUGUUUGCUCAGCAAUUGUAUAGAGCAAGAAACAUUCCUGACAAUUGUGUCAAGUGGAGGUGUUGCAAAACCAGAUCUGCCACAACCAUCCUGCUUGACGAGUGCAAGCAGCAGCAGUGUCACGUCUCGUCCCCGCUUUUGCUACGUGUCUAGGUUGCCAUGGUUUCUGUUCGCCUCGCCCCUCCCCUCCUGUGUCACCUCAAUGUAACCGAGGUCACCUGUUUCGUUUUUUUGCAUUUAAGUUCUGUCUGCCCCUCACUCCCCGUCGGAUCAGUGCGUAGUUGUUAUGUCUUGAUUUCGCCAUGUCCUGUCGUUUUCUUGUCUCACGUUCCGGUCAGUCAGUCUAGUUAUUGUUUUGUGAAGUCAUGUCAGUCUGUUAAUUCACGUCUCGUCACCAGCCGUGCUACUAUGUGUCACGUCUUUGUCGGUCAGACCAGUUCUUGGUUUUGUUGGUAAGUUAUGUCAGUUCGCCGAGUCUGUCUUUGAGUUCUUCAAUAAACCCUGGUCCAAGCUG